GCGGGGGGCGGGUUUGGGCGCUGCACCGGCGGGCGGCCGCGGUCCCUCGGCGGCUCCGGCACGCAGGGAGGGAGGCAGGGAGGGAAGGAGGAUGAACCUGGAGCGGCUCAGGAAGCGAGUGCGACACUACAUCGACCAGCAGCAAUAUCAAAGUGCCCUGUUUUGGGCUGACAAAGUAGCUUCACUCUCUCAUGAGGAACCACAGGAUAUCUACUGGUUGGCUCAAUGUCUUUACCUAACAGCUCAGUAUCACAGGGCAGCACAUGCCCUUCGAUCACGGAAACUGGAUAAGUUGUAUGAGGCAUGUCGCUACCUUGCAGCUAGAUGUCAUUAUGCUGCAAAAGAGCAUCAACAGGCCUUGGAUAUUCUUGAUAUGGAGGAGCCAAUCAACAAACGACUUUUUGAAAAGUACUUGAAGGAUGAAAGUGGAUUGAAAGAUUCCACUACAGACUGGGAGAUGUCACAGUCUUCAAUCAAGAGCUCUAUAUGCCUUUUACGAGGGAAGAUCUAUGAUGCUUUGGACAAUAGAACCCUGGCAACUUACAGCUACAAAGAGGCCUUGAAGCUUGAUGUUUACUGCUUUGAAGCAUUUGAUCUGUUAACGUCACACCAUAUGCUGACAGCACAAGAAGAAAAAGAACUCCUUGAAUCUCUACCUCUUAAUAGACAAUGUACGGAAGAAGAACAGGAAUUGCUCCACUUUUUAUUUGAGAAUAAAUUGAAAAAGUAUAAUAAACCCAGUGAAACACUGAUUCCUGAAUCAGUAGAUGGUCUUCAGGAAAACCUGGAUGUAGUAGUAUCCUUAGCAGAAAGGCAUUAUUACAACUGUGACUUCAAAAUGUGUUAUAAGCUGACUUCAGUAGUGAUGGAAAAGGAUCCCUUCCAUGCAAAUUGUUUACCUGUACAUAUAGGGACACUUGUGGAGCUUAACAAAGCAAAUGAACUUUUCUAUCUUUCUCACAAACUGGUGGACUUGUACCCAAAUAAUCCUGUGUCAUGGUUUGCAGUAGGAUGCUAUUAUCUCAUGGUUGGCCACAAAAAUGAACAUGCUAGAAGAUAUCUCAGCAAAGCUACCACACUGGAGCGAACCUAUGGCCCUGCAUGGAUAGCAUAUGGGCAUUCAUUCGCAGUGGAGAGUGAGCAUGACCAAGCAAUGGCUGCGUACUUCACAGCUGCACAGCUCAUGAAAGGGUGUCAUUUGCCUAUGCUCUAUAUUGGACUGGAAUAUGGUUUGACCAACAACUCCAAGUUGGCUGAACGGUUCUUCAGCCAAGCUUUAAGCAUUGCCCCUGAAGAUCCUUUUGUUAUGCAUGAAGUUGGAGUGGUAGCAUUUCAAAAUGGAGACUGGAAAACUGCAGAAAAGUGGUUCCUUGAUGCAUUGGAAAAAAUCAAAGCUAUUGGAAAUGAGGUAACAGUUGAUAAGUGGGAGCCUUUAUUGAACAACUUAGGACACGUCUGCAGAAAACUCAAGAAGUAUGAAGAAGCACUGGAAUACCAUCGCCAGGCUCUGGUAUUAAUCCCUCAAAAUGCUUCUACCUACUCUGCCAUUGGCUACAUACACAGCCUCAUGGGCAAUUUUGAAAGCGCCAUUGACUAUUUCCACACGGCCCUUGGUCUCCGGCGGGACGACACAUUUUCGGUCACAAUGCUUGGACACUGCAUAGAAAUGUACAUUGGUGAUUCUGAAGCCUAUAUUGGAACAGAGAUCAAAGACAAAUUAAGAUGUUAUGACUUCGAUGUACACACAGUGAAGACAUUAAAGAACAUCAUUUCACCUCCCUGGGAUUUCAGAGAAUUCGACAUAGAAAGACAAACUCUGGAUGAAAGUGGCAUAGUAACAUUAGAGACAUCAAAUCAAAGGAAAAGUACAGAUACCAGUCGCCCAUUGGAAGAAACAUUUGAGAUUGAAAUGAAUGAAAGUGAUAUGAUGUUAGAAACAUCAAUGUCAGACCAUAGUACGUGACCAUAAAUACUGGUAGAGAGCUGAUUUUGUCUAAGUGUAGUAUGUUUGUUUUAGCAUUUUUGUUAUGGUGGUGUACUUUCAUGGAUUUGCUAUUUUUUAUAUGAAUUCAAACUACUAUGUACUUAACACCGGGAGUUUUAUAGUUCCUACUUUAUAAAUAUUCCUUUCCUGAUAGCACUCUUGUGAAUCCCCAUCUGAAUCAAGAAGACCUCAUUGCAUUGAUGCAGGCCAUAUACAUAGUUUGAAUCCAGAGUAUUGGCUAUUUUGCACAUGCCUGUGCAUUACUGAAGAUGAAAUCAAGUUUUAGACACAACUGCACUUUGGAAUUCAAGGGUAUCAAGGGAGGAAAAGUUUGGGGAGGAAUCUGUAUUUUAUCAGCAAUUGCACACACUCUAUCUGUGGAAAUCUGUUUGGUCCAGGUGAUCCCAUUACUUUCCUAUGAGGACCAGCACAGCAGUGUAGAGAAAUCUGGUUCUGUCUCAGUGACAAUUGUGCUGUGGUUCCACAAAGGGAACAGAAGAUGCCCAAAUUUCCCUUCCAUAUGUUAGAAAAUAUAGAUUGGACUUUGCAUUGAGUGCAGAAUUCAAUACCAAUCCUGUAUAUUCUUAAACAUGAGACAAUGAGGUGAACAAAAAUGUUUUACUUCCUAGUUCUAAAACAAUUCACCAAAAGUUACACGCUCUCCUGAAAAACAUAGUAUGAGCCACGAGUCUUAAAUGAAAAAGUAUCCAAGCACAGUGUAGGAAAAAUUAAUAAUUUAGGAGGCAUAUGCAUCUCCUGGGCAGAGCCAGGUCUCUCUUCUUCAGUUUGACUGGCAAAGGAGUUCAUACAAAGGGCUUUAUUUUCAUUUGGAACCUGGUGAUUUGGGUAUGGUGCAGGUGACUUCUUUGACAUAAACUGGGGAUUUUUCCUGACCACUCUGGAAGAAUCACUAUUGUAUGUCUCAACAGCUGCUCUAUUAGCAGGUCUCUUCCUUUAAAGGAUCUUUUGAAAUUUAUUUUUACAUCUGUGCUCAUGUAUCCUGAGUGAUUGUAACCAAGACUAUCUCAUGGGUAUUAUGACAACAAUGGCUUGUUGCUGCACACAGAAGGAUAUUGCAAAUAGAUUCUCAAAGA